CUCUUUCUCUUGUAUUUACUAUAACUCUUCCUCUAUCUGUAGAAACAGAAUACACAAACACAAUGGCAUCGUCCAGCGAUGAUCCCCGGGCGCUUCGGCCUCUGAUGCCUCCUCGCCCAUUCCCUUCUCACUUCGGCUUUCCUAAACUCAACUCAUGGAGUCAUGAGAUGAAUAGAGGGGCGGCGCUGCUGAGCUCCAGAUGGAGCCCAACGCCCGAGCAACUGCAGGCGCUUGAAGACAUGUAUCGCCGCGGUACGCGAACCCCCUCCGCUGAGCAAAUCCAGCAGAUUGCGGCCAAGCUCCGGCGGUUCGGCAAGAUCGAAGGAAAGAACGUGUUUUAUUGGUUUCAAAACCACAAAGCCAGAGACAGGCAGAAGAAACGACGCCAGCUCGAGCUCUUAGCUGCCAAAGACAAUCACAUCCCACAAUCAGAAUUAGGCAGGAAAUACUUGGAAAUGGAGCAUCCUAAGAAAGUGGCUACAAUGUCUAAUUGCAGCAGCAGAGCUUCAAAGUACUAUUAUGGAGGAGAGGCACAACUUGAAUUGCGGCAACAGUGUGUAACAGCAUAUAGUAGAGAAACAAGCUGUAGAGCUAAGUUGGAUUUGUCUUCUUCUCCCAACAAUAAAGUUAUUCAAGAAAAUGGUCUGAAGAACGAUGAUUUCGAAUACAGGAUCGCUGAAAAUCCAACGCUUGAGCUCUUUCCCUUGAGCCGCAAUGGUUUGGGGACGACGAAGGAAGAGAUGGACGAUGUUCAUGCUUCAACUAAAUUAGUUCCUAAUCAGUUUUUCGAGUUUCUUCCGACAAAAAACUGAUGGUAGUGAGGACAACAAACAUGUUUCAUAUGGAACUUUGGUUUUUGCAGUAAUGUUGAAGUUGAAAACUAA